AAAAGGAAGUCUUUAAAAUGACCUAGGUUUAUCUGACAAAAAGGCUAACAAAAAAGUUCGACAUGGCAGGUUAGAAAAACUGCACAACAGCGCAAAAGGCGUCUCACAUUUAAUGGUUCUCAUUCUGUGCCCUACUUUUCAGUUUCAAGACUCAUUGCCUGUGCGCAUGCGCGUGCCUUGUGAAGCGCUCGCUCAGGUUCAGCAGCAGCAGUGUGCGAAGCCGCUCGUAGCAGCACUAAAGUCCGCACUGGGUCAGGGAGGCAUCGACUUUUAACCACACUUGUUUAUGCUGUUAUGCUUUGAGUGUGUUUAUAGUGGCUUCUCUGCAGUUUCUCUUCUAUCUUUUCCCUCCACGGACAUUGUAGUUGCAGAGAAGAGGGAACGGAGCAGGACGAGUCAUCUGCCAUGGCUUCAUCAUAAACCUGUUGAUGUUGCAUUUUCUUUUGCUAUCAUUGUGGAGUGUGAAGAUGCCAUAUUCUGUCGACUCCUUCCCAACAGAAACACUCAUCUCUGAAACUUUCUCUCUGGGCUUCUACUCCAGCAGUGAACGCACCACAGAGCUGUACUCGGCAGAAAGCUUCAUCCCCAGCAUCGACAACAUCAGCAGGUCGAGUGGCCACCACUGCACCUAUAAAGAAGACUUCAAACGUAUUUUACUCCCUCUCGUGUAUAGCUUUGUGUUUGUGCUUGGCCUUCCUCUAAACGCAGCUGUUAUACUGAAUAUAUGGAGGACUCGACCACAUCUGUCCAAAAACAACAUCUACAUGCUCAACUUAGCCAUAGCCGACUUUCUGUACGUGUUGUCCCUUCCCCUGCUCAUCUACAACUACGGCAGCCAUGACUACUGGCCCUUUGGGGAGUUUUGCUGUAAACUGGUCCGGUUUCAGUUCUACAGUAAUCUACAUGGCAGCAUCCUCUUCCUCACCUGCAUCAGCGUGCACCGCUACGUGGGAAUUUGCCAUCCUCUCGCCAUGUGGCUGAAACAAGGUGGAUCCAGGCUGGCAUGGUGUAUCUGUGGAGGGGUUUGGCUUGUGGUCGCCAUCCUGUGCGCCCCAACUUUUCACUUUGCAGCAAUAGGAAUCCAGAGAAACCGCACUGUGUGUUAUGACUUAAGCACACCAAAUAAAUCACUAGACUACUACCCUUACGGCAUGGCUCUGACCUGCCUCGGCUUCUUGUUGCCUUUUAUGGUCGUGUUGGUGUGCUACUGUCGUAUGGCCCACAUCCUUUGCCGCCCGGUUUCCUACCAGGGUAUCACCUUGGGAACUGGGGAGAAACGAGACAAAGCGGUGAGGAUGAUCAUUUUGGUGACUACAGUUUUCUGCAUAAGCUUCCUGCCGUUUCACCUCACAAAGACCAUGUACCUGGUGAUACGAACUCUGUCUGGUGCCCCGUGUGAGACAAGAAACCUGUUCUCCAUCGUCUAUAAGAGCACCAGGCCGUUCGCCAGCAUGAACAGCUUGCUGGACCCCAUCCUUUUUUACUUCACUCAGCCUCGCUACCGCAGGAGCACCAAGAGGUUUAUGGUCAGAAUCACCACCCUGAAGGAGAAGGGCACCAAUGUGUGAGGCAACAGAACCUCAUAUUCUGCCAAAGUAUUUCUUAAAGACUUGAUGAUGUACAAGCAGUGGACCUUAUGAUGUGGCAUAAUAGUACAUGCAAUGGUUGCAGAGUUUUGCAACAGGUUUCCUGUGCAUGUUCUAAGGUAACCUGCAGUCCUUUGUGCGCUUAAUAACUACUGUUCACUGUGUCAAAGAACUGUAUCUCCCUGAGAGGGUCUCAAUAAGGGUUUUAGGCACUGACAUGUCAAGAAGCCUCCUGAAAGGAAACACAAUGAUUGUAAUGUUGUUAUGAGGAAGGUAAAAGUCAUAAAAGAAAGAUAAAAGUCAGAAAACAAGGAGGUGUGUAAUCGUAAAUUGGCUUUAUUAAGCUAUGGAAGUUUCUCUUUGAAAUUCAGACAUUUUAUUCACUAUUAUUUAAUCACUUUUAUGGCAUAGCACUACUGUUCCUGCCCUUUCUACACUGUAAAUGAUGACUAUAGCAGCAGAAUACCAGGACAUUCACAUCCUGCAGAUUCUCUGUUAUCUGUGAAAUUUUACUGUCAAUCUGAACUGUGAACAGUGUAGUUUAUGUAUUUUAUAUAAUGUUAAACACUGUGAACUACAGUAUAAACUAAACUAAACCAAACAAAAUAUAGAACCAAGAAUGAAAGGUGAAUUUUGUUUUGUGUUACGUGGAGGUGGUGAUAAAAUUGUAAAGAGAAGGAAAUCUCAUUAAAAUGCACUGCGGCACAGAGCCUUGUAUAAUGCCAAAAGACAUUUAAAAUGUCUAUGACUGCAUGUUUGACGUGCAUGAAGCACUUCUGUGUGGAAAUGAAAACAUUACUGUGUCAAAGAAUGUCUGUAAAAGUUGUUCAAGUGAUGAAUGUAUAUAAUACUGUUCUUCCGUUCUUCCCUCUUAAUGUAACACAUUGUUCCAAUGUAAAAAAGUUUUAAGGUUGGUUGUUGCAUGUUUUGACCACUAGGUGAUGAACGCUCCACACUGCUACUCCCCUGCACUGGCACUCUGGUUCUGUUCUGUUCUUGCUUUUGAAUUGUUUGUGAAUGUGUGAUCCAACAAUGAUUACAUCUUACCUACUACAAUCAGAGAUACACUGAUGCCAACAAACUUUAAUUAUUCAGCUCAUAUCAAACUAAAAGAGGCCAUCUCACCAUGGCUUUCUCCACAUGUCCUUCAAACAAAAGAAAUCCUUUAAAACCUUGUGGAAACAACAAUUUAUGCAUGUUUAAAAAUCCACACCAGGUACCUUAGAUGCUUAAAAGAAAAUUUCAAACAAACUAGGGCUCGGUCUAAUUAAGACUGAACUUUCUGCUAUAAGAGAUGAAAAAAUUAUAAACUACAGAAAAAGUGAAUAUCUAAAAAAGGGAGCUCUCAUAGAGGGGAUUUACAUUACACUCGUUAUUUACUAUUUAGAACCGUUUUAAUGACUUCAAACUGGAUAUACAUGCUAAGUCUCUUCAGUGUGUAACUUAAAGGGAAUAAUACUUUCAAAGUUACUUUUUGUAUUUUUAACAGAAUAAAAUGAGGUAACUGAGCUACUUAGUGUAUGAUUUGGUUAUCAGUAAUGUUCAUGAGUUGAACAUCAAGGGGCCAUAUUGAAGUGUAUCAAACAAACAGUGGAAACACAUUUUAUGUACACAGUUCAUGUAGGUCACUGCAGAGAUCAUGUUCUUUUAACGUUGUUGCUGUCAACUAAUUUGAUCAGAUUUAAAAUCAUACAGUGUAUUGACUUGUAUAAGAUGAUGCUCUCACUGCUAACAUGAAUGAAUCCUGAUUAUAAUCUAAAUCUGCCUUAGCCAGGUAGGCUAAUCCAUGGACUACACCAGAAACUCUGAACCUCUCUGUGUUGAUAUUUAGAGGUGAAAUUAAACUGAAAUGACUGGUGUAAUCUUUAAUUCAGAUUGAAAAAUAAAUUCACCAGCAACUUUAAAACUGCUGUCAACGAGGCAGCUUUACGACCACAUCACUUACAGGUAGUUCAAACUUGCAAACAUUGUUUGAGUUUUGCACCCAUGAGGGAAGAAAUGUAAUAUUUAUCGGUUUAUGAACAUAUAAGUUUCAUGCCUUACAAAUGCAAGGGAUUUUUCUUUUACCAAAUGAUGACAUCAUGUGCUUCAAAAUGUUAGAAACGUAUAUGUUUGUCUGUACAGCAUGCAUAUUCAGUGAUGUACUAGUAUACUGUAUGUUGUGUGAGAGUAACUACUUUGUCAAAUAUUUGUGAUGAGGGUCUGAAAUGAAAAGUGUGUGUGUUUAAAAAGAUGUCUCUGCACUGUGCCAAUGCAUUUUUAGUCAGUGUUAUUUUGAAGAAGUCUUAUUUUUGUAAAACCAUAUAAUAGAGUAGUAUCUGAAGUAUAAUUUUAUUUUUGUUACAUAGAAUCAUUUUAAUAUAGGCUAUAUAUUUUUUCUCUGACAAAGCUGCCUUCUUGACUUAUCUUGUGAAAUUCUUUGAAUGUUGUCUGUAAGUAAAACUAACCAUUAAAAAGGUCACACAAGCCUAA